AUGACAACAUCAAGUUUCUUGCCACUGGCAAAUAAUGAGAAGUUAGCGCUACUUGAAGACGAAGCAGCUGGGGAGGUAGUUGUGAAUCAGUUGACUGUGAGCAGAAUUGAGAAACCGGAGAACGCAACAUCAGUGCCAAAAGUUGAAACGUCCAAGAAUGCGAAAAAGUCGACCAAGUGUCACAUCUGUGAUAUUGAGCUGAAUUAUGAAAUACGAAUGAUAGAGCAUCUCAACAUAGUGCAUGGAAUUGCGAAGGCAUUUGAAUGCAAUGAAUGUUCUCGUAGUUUCAGCACACCACGGCAGCUAAAGCAGCAUGUAAAGAUUCACAAAGCCCAGAUUGUUUACAGCUGCGACGAGUGCGAUUACAAGUCGUUGCACAAGGUGAAUAUCGGCCUUCACCAGAAACGACAUCAUUGGAAAGAUUACUCAGUGUUUUGUGAGAUUUGUGAGAAGGGAUUCAUAGCACAGGGGGAGCUCAAGGCUCAUCUGGUAUCGCACGAAGUUGCUAGACCGUUUGCGUGCACGACUUGUGGAAAGUCAUUUAAAAGUAAAGAUCACGUCAAGGGUCACGUCAGAACAUUGCAUCCCGAGAUGUGUUCCAGCAAUACAGUGAAGAAAUAUUCUUGUGAAAUUUGUGGCCAAAGUUUUUCCCAUAAACCAUUGUACUAUAGGCAUAAGCAGGAUGAACACGGUGAAAAAAAUUGUCGCAGAAAGAAGCAAUUGUUCCUCUGCGAUUUGUGUGGCAAGGCGGUGACUAGCCUUGCAAGCAUGCAAGUACACAGAAGAAUUCACACCGGGGAGAAGCCAUUCACAUGUGAAGUGUGCGGAAAAUGUUUUGCAUCUAUGGGUCUGUUGAAAACUCACAAUAUUACCCAUUCCGGGGAAAGAAAGCACACCUGCGAUGACUGUGGUAAAACUUUUACACAGAGAUCAACAUUGGUUGUUCAUAAACGUUAUCACAGUGGUGAAAGGCCUUAUGUCUGCAUCAAAUGUAACAAAGGAUUUGUAACACGAACUAUUCUUAAUCUUCAUCUUAAAAGUCGUCGUCAUUAG